AUGGUAGAAUGGCAUCAGCCUAUAUCAAAAUCAAUAACACCCUCAAGUCAGGAUUUACUUAUAUCAGAAUUAUUCCCCGAAUCAUGCUCACCAAGUAUUGACCAUAUCACCUCCACUGAAGAAAAUAGUAUAACUGAGAAUUCUAACCAAAUUAAUAUUCUGAACAAGCAGAUUAAAAAUAGAAAACCAAGAUCUAGGGGCAUAGCUUAUCCCAUGUCUCAAAGAGACACCCCUACAGGUCUGCAAAGCAAUAAAUCUGUACAGAUUUCUGAUUCAUCUAAUAGUGGAGCUAGUAUCAAGGCACAUAUUAUCAAUAAAAGUGAUAUACCCAAUACCUUAACAAAAAAAGCAGAAAAAGAUGAUCUGUAUACUUUAAUUGAGUGUGAUCGUAAAGAAUCAAAAGUAAUCGAACGUGAAUCAGAAAGAAUUUUAGCCAUGAAGUAA